AUGCCCGCGGAGCACCCUGCGACUCCGAGCCUGCAGGCCUCGCGGUGGAGAGAGCGUCAAGGGCGGCGCGGGCCGGCGGACGGCCUGCAACGCCGGGCCAUCGCGAGCGGGUCCCUGGCGCGCCCACCGGGACUCCCGCGUCCCCGAGUCGAACCCGCGCCCGGCACCGAGCCCGUCGGGGGCCCCCCCGGCGGCGGCCUCUGGCUGCUGGGGCCCCGCGUAUUGGGAGACUUCGACGACGACGCGCCUCAGCCGACCGUGGCACCGGAAGUGCUCUCCUCCACCAGCACCACCACGACGGCGGCCCCGCCGCACGAGAACGACCUCUCCUGGGAGCUGUUCGGGCCGCCUCGCCACGUCCCCGCGCAGACCACCAGCCCCCCUCCGGAGGCGACCACGGUGCACGAGGUGGAGAACGCGGUGGAAGGCCUGGGGCCGGCCACGCCCCCCGCGCCGGCCGUCGCCAGCGCCUCGGACGCACAGGUGGACGGCGCGCCCGUCACGGAGCAAGUGGACGCGCAAGCAGUGCACCCCGGGGAGGGGGAGGAGGGCGACGCCACACUGCCCCCGGAGAAGCACCCCUCGAGCACCCCGAGGACUCCCUCUUGGGAGGACACCAGUGAGGGCCACCAGUGGAACUCCUUUGGUGUCAUCCCUCUGAUGACAAACGAGACGUCCGAAGGCUCCAGCACAGAGGCGAAUGCGAUGGAUUCUGUCAACGCAACAGAUGGAGCUAUGACGUCUGAAAAUUCGUCUAUGGUAGAUGUACCGAUGGAACAUGCCCCAUCGAUGGGUUUGAUGGGUGACGAGGAAAAUUCUACACCUGUCAUAAUUGUUCGUAAUGAAAAUAUAACAAUAUCAGAUGUUCCGGAAAGUCGGGGAUCAAUUGCUGGUGUCGAUAUCUUUUCUGACGAAAAUUUAACUCAUAGUCCUAUUUCCGAAGAGAUGAGUACUUCUCCACCAGAGAGCAGUUCUUCAGCAUCGCCUACUAGUGAAACAAAUGAUUCUGUUUUAUUUCCUGUGGAAGAACAUAUGGGAAAAGAACACCUAACCGCAGUUAUUACCGAAAGUAAUGAUACAAUGAGUUCCACAGACAUCCCCGCCUCAGUAAACACCAAUAUGCCCUUGUUCGAAACAGCUGAAAACACAACUGUUAUGGAUGGAAUGAUUGAAACUGCGACCAACAUUCCUUCACUUAUGGCUGAACUCUCUCCUCGAGAUAUGAAUGCUGUAGUUGAGACUGAACACAACGCAACCGAAGUUCAUAAUGUUAUUCCAAUGGUGACAGAAGUGUAUGAUGAAAGAAACUUAACUGAUAUGAUUCCACAAAACGUUUCGUUCGAACCAGCAAUAGAAAAGAUACCGAGUGAAGAUUUUGAAGCAGUCAAUGCGGUACACGAUGACGUAAAGGGAACAACGAUGAAACCUAUGAUCGUUGAAAUGACAACGAUUCCUUCUGAAAAUUCGGAGGUUACUACUGUCAUUUCUGAAGAUAAAUUAGUUCAUGAAGUGCACCGCACUGAGUUUUCUACGUCUUCGUCCUCAGAAGGUUCGUCUCCUAACAAUGACGUGAACUCUUUGUUUGCUGUCGUUAACCAUCAUGAAAAUGCGACGGAAAAUGCAGUCGACAGUUCAGCGUCCGAAAGUGUCAAAUCUGUUAUCGAUUCUGCGACUGAAAUUCAAAAGGACAUGAUGAUGACAACUGAAUUACCGAUGACUCCCUCGCCUGAAGAAAAGGAACCCUCUUCGUCUUCGCCAUCUAGUCCAGAUAUGAACUCCCUAGGAUUUGCAUUGGGGCCUGCUGAUAACUCAUCUUCGGAGAACACAGUUGCUCAGAACGAGGGUUCGCAGGGUAUUUCGUUCGUUGCUCCAGAUAAUACUACUGUAGGCGAAUAUUUCCCUUCUCCGGAAACAGAGAUUCCACCGGUCAGAUCUACGGAUGAAACUCCUUCUGAGACUAUACCUCCAAUGACAAUGAAAGAAGUUAUGAAAGAAGAAAGCGCUCCUUCUAAUACAUUAUCUGGCGAAACUGUAGUUCCACUUCCUUCAUCUUCUCAUGAAGAUGUAAUGAAUGCUACAGCCGACAUUGCGGAAACAUCUAACAAUAUGACGGAAAAUUCCACCCUACUCCCUGUUGAAAUGUCUUCAGUUGCACCCAUGAACGCAUCAUCGUUCUCUGAAAUGGAAAAUGUAUCUUUAGCAAUUAGAGGAAUGUCUUCUCCUGAAUCGAUUGUCGGAACAUCACACAAUGAUAGUGUUGAAUCGACAUCUACUUACCCAGCGGAAAAUUUAGAACCACACGACGUAACAAAUACAUCAUUCGUAGAGGAUUCAUCAGAUAACGUGCUGUUUGCCUCGAGUCAACCGGACAUAUCAUCAGUCUCCCCGCCGUCAUCGAUUACCCCUCCUCCUGAGUAUUCCAACCUCACGGAAGAAUCUGAGACACCUGGAUACGGAAACGAAUAUUCCGUAACUCCUUCUCCUCAUACAUUCGUGGAGAUAACCAAAAACGAAUCUGCAUUUAACUCCAUUGACGAUGCUUUACCCGUGGCGUCAUCAACAACCGAAGCUAUGACAAGCUCCUCUCCGGACCACCUCCCAGAACCAGCGGUCGCUUCAGUAAACAAUGCCGACGAAGCGGCUACAAACGCUUCGGCCACAUCCGGCGAAGUUCUUUCAGCCAACAUCGUCCCAGUGGAGGUGGUGGUUGAGAACGCGUCGUCAGCGCCGGCGCUCACCACGCAAGGGCCGACCUCCGAGGCAACCACCACGCCCAGCACCAGCACCACGGCCGAUGACCCGCUGGCGCACGCGCACGAGAACCACGUGGAGGUGGACGAGCGCCUGGGAGUGCCGCUGAUCCGCGCCAGCACGGAGGAAGCGGAUGUGGUGCGCGUCACCACGUCCCCCGUGCGCGUGGUGUCGGACGCGCAGCCGGCCGUGCCAGUGAACGCGCUGCCCGCGGACGACCACCGCCCAGCAGCCGAAGACCACCGCGGCGGCCGCGGCUCCGACUGCUGCGGACGCCUUCGGAGGGCCGGGCGGGGGCCGGCGGGGCGGUUAGCGGCGGCGCCCGCGGCCACAGGCGCCGCCUCGGCUCAGCAGACGCCCGAAGAGCGCUGGCGGGAGAAGAAGGCGUGGGCCGGGCAAGAAGGACAAGGGGCGUGGGCGGAGGAGGCCCGGGCAGCAACCGUGGACGCCGAAGGCAAGAAGGUAGCAGUGGCGGUGCCGCUGUCGAAAUUGGAAGAUCGCGUGGAUAUGGGAGAGGAGACGCAGUCCCCGGCGGUUCCCGCCACCACGAUGGCUGCAGUCACCACCACUCCACCUGCGGCGCCAGUCACCACCAUGACCCCCGCUACCACCUCUACCACCACUACAACAACCACCACCACCACCACCACCACUCCUGCGCCCGCUACCACCACGCCGGAGAGUGCGAGCCCGUCCACGCCGCUGCAGACGCCUCCUCCGCCCGGUGCCCCCUCCGACGAGCUGGGCCCUCUAGCGGCCGGCCUGGAGCCAGCGGUGGAACGGGAGGCGCCGGCCCCCGAAGCCCCCCAGGAGCGCCAACCCACCACCACCACCACCACCACCACCACGGACCCCUCUACCACGACCUCCACCACCACCGCCGCCGCUGAC